UUUUUUUUUUUCUUUUCAUCCAAAGUGUCCCCCGCUUGGUCUCCGAAUCUCUAAACCUUUACUUCAUUUAACUUUUAACUUAUACAAAUGGCUUACGAACGUGGAGGUAGAGGUGGUAGUCGUGGUGGCCGUGGAGGUGCUGCUCCCCGUGGUGGCCGUGGAGGCGCUGCCGGUGGUGCCAAGGGUGGUGCUAAGGUCAUCAUUGAACCCCACAGACACGAAGGCAUCUUUGUUGCUCGUGGCAAGGAAGAUUUGCUCGUUACCAAGAACCUUGUCCCUGGUGAAGCCGUCUAUGGUGAAAAGCGCAUUUCCGUUGAAGGUGCUGAUGGUACUAAAGUCGAAUACCGUGUCUGGAAUCCUUUCAGAUCCAAGAUUGCCGCUGGUGUUCUCGGUGGUGUUGACAAUAUCCACAUUGCUCCUGGCAAGAAGGUCCUUUACCUUGGUGCUGCCUCUGGUACUUCCGUCUCUCACGUUGCUGAUGUUGUCGGUCCCGAAGGUGCCGUCUACGCUGUUGAAUUCUCUCACCGAUCUGGUCGUGAUUUGAUCAACAUGGCUAAGAAGCGAACAAACGUUAUUCCUAUCAUUGAGGAUGCUCGUCAUCCCCACAAGUAUCGCAUGCUUGUGCCCAUGGUCGAUGUUAUUUUCGCCGAUGUUGCUCAACCUGAUCAAGCUCGUAUCAUCACUCUCAACGCUCACCAUUUCUUGAAGAACAAUGGUCACAUCGUUAUUUCCAUCAAGGCAUCAUGCAUUGACUCAACUGUUGAUCCCGCCACCGUCUUUGCCCGUGAAGUGAAGAAGCUCCAAGAAGAGCGAGUGAAGCCCCAAGAACAGCUUACUCUUGAACCCUAUGAAAGAGAUCACGCUUUGGUUGUUGGCAAGUAUGUUCGUGCUAAAUAAGCAUAAAACAUGCCAUUACCCCAUCAACACUAUACAUUCCAUCUCCUUUUUUCUUUCACAUUUAUUCGUUCCAUAGACUCUCUUCAUCUACUCGAUUAUUCUCUUCAAUUUGCACAAUAAAAAAAAAGUUCUCCUUUUGUUACAAAUAUUUAUGAAUGAAAAAAA